ACAAACCACCGACUUGAUGCGGAGGAGAUGGAAACGGGCGUCGCAAGCAAAGCAGCCCAGCAAGGGACGAACUUGAUGCAAGCGCCGGAAUUGGUUUCCUCGUCACGUUCUCUCAGUCUCUUCUCUUGUGCUCCGUGUCUUGUUGAUAGAUAGAUAGGUGGUAGAGGGCUCCGAGGAGGUAAAGCAGCAGGUGAGCAACCAAGCGGGCGAGAGAUGCCGAGGAGCACCUUCUCCGGCUCCAUCACUGCGCCCGAGGUCUAUGUCACCGUCGACAUGGGCAAUCCUUUUCUCAACCGCACCGUCGAUGGCUUCCUCAGGAUCGGAACUGUCGCUGCUUCCAGGGUUGCUGCGGAGGAAGCCUAUCAAUGCGUGCGGAAAGGAAGCAUCAGCAAAAGAAAAUUUGAGGAUGCUCUAAAGAGGAUGUGUAAAGAAGGAGUAUAUUGGGGAACUGUGACCAGUGUGUAUGUAGGAGUGGAGCAUAAUAUCGAAAGGAUCAGUGGUACAAGAACCUGGAAGAAUGCAAUGCUUGGUGGUGCGAUAACAGGGUUCCUCAUUUCAGCAGCCAGCAACAAUGGAACGGACAAGAUUAUCAAGGAUACUAUCACAGCUGGGGCUGUAGCUACUGCUAUUGAAUUUAUCAACCUCCUCACUUGAACAUUAUCUAGUUGCAAUGUAAUUUACACAAUUGAAGAUGUUUAUUGAUUCCUGCA